UUAGAUAAGAAAAAAGAAUUUAAGAGAGUUGAGAUUUUUAUUAAAUAUUUUAAAUCGUUAAAUAAUUCUGAAUCAGAAAAGGAAAAACAAGAUGUUAAAAUAUUAGCUAACGAAAUUGAAAAUGAACUAUUACUAAAGCAUAAUUAA